AUGAUAGAUGAGGACUUGGCUGCAGCUCAGGCUACUGCCGAGGGCUUCUGUGUCGAAUGCAAGGAUCAAGAGUCAUUUUACUCAUGCGAACAAUGCGCAGAGGAAUUUUGUGAGGUCUGCUAUGCUAUGCUUCACCGUACGGGGAACCGUGUUCGCCAUAUCAAGAAAGAGAUCUUUAAACCCGACAACAAGGCCGCUGCUACACCUGCCACUUCAAUCAAUGGCAUGUCAACCUCAAAUUCAAAGGGUAGUUCUUUGAGUGACGAGACCUUGCUGGAGUUACCAGAAUCUAAGGUUAUUGUGUCAAGCGGAUCCUCCACAUUCGGUGACUGGAUUAUUGAACGUUCCAAAUAUAUCCCCAUGCGUCUUGAUUUGACAGAACGAAAGCUUUUGCGCUUACUUGAGGCUGCCCUGAAUGUGAGCGAAUAUACAGACAAAGUCGACAUCCUUUCUUAUACAAGUAAAGCUAAGCGUAUCAUUCAUCAGAUCAAGGACUUGUGUGCUAUCAUCUCUGGACUUGUCGUCGCUAACGACUACCGCAGAGGACAGGAACUGUUUGCAGAUAAGAGCUUUGAAGAGAAUGAAGAAUUCUUUCAAGUCAUUUUCGAAAUUGGCCGUCGUCAUAAAAUCAUGAACCCAGAAAAGAUGCGUAACGCUUACGGAAAGCUUAUGUAUUUAUUGAUGGACUCGACUAUGGAUGAGAUUGAAUCCACUCUUGGCUUCAGCUGUGUGAUUCCCAUCAAGACUGUUUACUCUUAUCUAAAGCAGAGAGAUGGAUUAGACUUGUUGAAGAAUGACCUUGUUGCAGAUGCCACUAAGGAAAUUAUUGCUGACGGUAAGUCGCGUCAGCAGAUCCAACUGGAAAUCAGGAAGAAGGAGCGGGCUAUUGAGGCGCUCAGCAGGAAGUAUGCAAAUGAGAACCUAACUCCCGACGAGAUUAAAGUCUGUUUAUACUCCAUUGGCGAUAAUCACAGCUUCUUGAGGACCAACCGCGAUCCUUGUGAUAAGAUGUUGAAAUAUUUGACUCAAUUUUUCCAGCCAACCUCGAUUGAGGAUGGUUUCUCGCUUGCUAUCCAAUCAGGCCGUCAAGGUGCUCGAUUGACCCAUAACCAUGAGACACAGUAUUGGUACAUUAAUCAAACACUCAAUUUAUGGCGAGAGAUUGCUCAUGAAAUGUUCUAUCUUUGGAUGUUAUCUGAUAAAGACAUGCUGGAAAAUGACUACCGUCUUCGCGACACUGGUCAGGGACUGCAGAGACUUCAAAGCUGCCCAUCAGUUUCCAAAGCAAUGCAUACUAUCCUGCAUAAGGCGCAACAGAAGACAGGUUACUGGGUUGGCAGUUCUGUAAUCCAUCUGGGUGAUAGUAAUGUACCAAACGCGUUCAUGUUCAUUGACAAGUACAACCAGGUGGCCAGGAUAUUGAACCCCAUUAUCCUUACUUUGGAGAAGAUUGAUGAGAUCGCCAAGGAUGAAGGGAUUUACACCUAUAUCCGCGAUACCUUUGGAGGCGUGGCACAUCUCCGAAAGACCAUCGUCUGCGACUUUUUCCGUCAUGCCUUUGAUGGCUCAGGCGCAGAUAACUUUUUCUCUGCAGGAUCUUGUAUCGAUGGUAGACUGACAUCUGCAUGGAAUUGGUGUUCACAGAUCGAAAAGAAGCCUUUCUUCCCUAUUUUUUUGCUUACAGGCUUUACUGGAUUCGAUGGAGAAAACUGGUCAUAA